AUGGAGGAUGUACGGAAUCACCAAGAGGAACAUGUGCUACCCGCGAAGCGGAAACCCGACCCGGAGUUCGUCGUCGAAGCUGCUACCGAAGGACAAGAUGACGAGUCCAGCAAGAAGGCCAAACUCGAAAAUUCUGUCGACGGCGCCGUCUCUUCGGCCGCCGAAGACAAGAAGAUCGGCGAAGGGUCUCAGAACGAUGUCUGUUCUGUGAAAGAUGAGGAAGAGCAGGACGAGGACGACGAAGAGGAUUACAAGUUCGAAGAAGAAGAGGAGGAGGAUGAAGACGAGCAGUCUAAUGGAGAGGCCGAAAUCGACCGAAAAGGGAAGGCAAUUAGGAGUGACGACAAGGGGAAGGGAAAAUUGGUCGAGGAGUCAGUUCACGAUUCUGACUCGGACUCCGAUUCUAGUGCAUUCGGAAGUGAUUCUGAUACUGAUGGUGAAAGCGACCUCUCCGACGAUCCUCUUGCUGAGGUCGAUUUGGACAACAUUCUCCCUUCCAGGACUCGGCGGCGUUCAGUUCAUCCUGGGGUUUUCAUUUCCAAUGCUGCAGGUAAUCCGAAACAUGACGGUGAUAGCGAUGCUUAA